CGAUAUUACUGCAGGAUACUUCUGCUUCGUACCGUGCAUGCAAAGCUCUAGAAAGUAGGACUGUGCAGAGGGCAUUAGAUUCGAGCUAGCUUGCAUACGCGACCUUAGUAGCACGCUGCAGAAAGGGCUGCUCAAUUAUUAUCUUGACAGAAGCAAGGACCAGUUGUAGGGAUCUCCUGUUCAAAAAAGAGGCUGAGGCGCGAGACAGCGCAGUAUUUCAACAGUCUCCCAGCUGCGCUUAACUUUCGACGGAACCCUUCAGCCAGAAGGGACUGGUUGAAGGGUCAUUCUUGCACAGUCUCGUACCUAGCUCAGCAUAGACUUAUCUGGUUUUUCAAAUGUGGAAGCUGUUUACUCUGGUUGUUGUGGGGUAUGCGGCGUUCAUCCCACAUGGCAGAGCAGAUGUCCAGGUGAAGGGGUUUCCAGGGUCAGGCAGCGCUGCAGGCCAGCUCUCCUUCCCAGGUGCUGACCAGAACAGAUAUUCAGUGGCAUUUACAUCUUACCUGGCAACACCCACGUCCCAGGCUGCAGAGGCGUUCCAGCCGCUGCAGUGGCGCACCCGCAACACAAACUUCGAUGACCCUGAGUCCUCGCAGGCGACAGAGGACCGCUCUAGCAUUCCCUCAGUCGUCAACACGCAGAUGCUCAACCCGCUGACACAGCAGGCUGACCCCUUGGCCAAGGUGUCAUUCCCCGGAGUGAGCGUGGCGGAUCAGGAGCGCGCGAAUGUGCGGCCGCCGAAUCCAUCUCUCUGCGUCGGCAACGGCUUUGUCAUCGAGCUCACCGACCUGGUGUUCAAGGUGUAUGACUUGAGCGGCAAGUUCCUGGCAGGCCCCGUCUCCGUCAUCGACUUCUUCGGCUCAAGCCUCGACGGUCGCUUCACAGACGCCGCAUGUGUGUUUGACAGCGCGGACACACAGCGGUUCUACAUCACGGUGCUCAACUAUGAGCUGCAGGGCGGGCUGCACCUGUCGCGAUCGCAGCUGGCCAUCGCAGUAUCUGCCAGCGCCAAUCCGGCCGAUGGAUUCCUUGGACCGUUCACCGUGCCCACCAUGGGCCUCGAUGCAGGCGCGCCCCCCUUGUCGUGUUCAAAUCCAUAUGAGCCCUACAGCAGGCAGCCUCUGCCCGGUCUGGAGGCGUGCAAGAGCCCCAACACGGCAGCGCUGCCGGACGGAUGCCUCGGCGCGCAGCCGGCAAUCGGCAUCGACCAAUUUGGCCUCUGGGCGGGGCUGAACCUAUACCAGAUCAACAGCGAGGCGGUGGGCGGCAAGUACACUGCGCCGCUGCUGCUGGCCGUCUCCAAGCGUUCCCUCCUCGAGGCCAAAAGAUCGCAGCCGGCCUACGCCGCCUUCUCCGGCUGGGCCGCCGACGCCAGCUUCUCCCUGGUUCCCGCCGUGACUCAGGGCGGCAGCAAGCAUGCGACGGCCAACGGCGGCACGGCGCUUGUCAUGACGAGUGGUGCGGCGAUGACUCAGGCUGAGUCACCCACCGCCGUGCUCAUGGCCUGGUCCAUCUCCAACACAUCCACCCUCAUGCGCCCGGGGUUCCCCCGCAGCGGCCUGCCAGAGCUGUCAGGCGAGGUCGCGCUGAAGAGCUAUGCGUUUGCGGACCCGUCAGCGGCCGGCGUGGUGGUGACUCAGCCGGACGGAGGCAUCGCCCUCGACCCACAGGACUCCCGCCUCACCCAAGUGUCCUACUACAACGGCAUGCUCUGGACUGCGGCGGCCACAGCAGUGCUGAUAAACAAGCAGGGGUCGCCCCUGGAGGGCGCCAUCUGGUGGGCCAUCGAGACCGGAUUUGUCAGCGGCGCAGACGCCAACUCAGCCGAUCCGGUCUUCACCGCACGCAUCGCCUCUCAAGGGUAUGUGUCGGUGAUGGGCAACCACAUCAUCAACCCCGUAAUCACCCCUUCCGGGGCAUCCGGGACCGUUACGGGCAUCCUGGCCGCCAGCCUCGUGGGGCCCGACUACCACCUGUCCCCCGUAUGGACCCCCGUCAACAUGCAGCUUGGUGCCGGGGCGCUGCACACGCCUAUUCUGGCCAAGGCGGCGCUGACUGGACCGGCAGGCGACAACAUGGCAGGUACGCUGCUGCACGGAGGCUCCGCUGCCACCACUGACUCCAACGGCCUCGCCUGGGUCGCCUCGGAAUGGGCUAAUAAGCCGGUGGACUUCUGCCAGAACAGCCAGCUGCUGCCAUACCAGACACAAUGCGCCAACUGGUAA